GUUAGUUGGGGAAACGUCUUUCGAUACAGAACAUGAAAAAGUUGGUGUGCGUGUUGUUGUUUUUAAGAGCAUUACAAACCGCUUCGGUGUACGGCGAUAAUCAUGGCUGUCAAGUGCUGCUGGAGGGGCCAAACUGUCCAAUUGAGGAGAACAACAGUAACAGCUCACUCGCGGCAGCUUGUGAUGGAUGGCUGUGGGACCGACGCUGGAUUGCGGUGGAGAAGAGCUGUUUGCCAAGAGAAUGGCUGCGACACAACUGUACCCAAGAUGUGAAGGUAACGCUGACGAAUCUGGAGCUCGUGUAUGUGCAGCUAAAGGUCGAUAGAUUGAUUUACCAUCCAUCCCCAAACGACACUGUCUUGCUGCUGCUGCUAAGCCGUCCAUUCGGUGGACCGUUCGAGAGUGAGUUGGAAGUCAAUCCCGCUUUGAGCCUGCACCGGAACUGGAUUGAUGAAACGAUUCGCCACGAAGAUGCGAAGGACGUUGCGCGUCGACAGCUGGAACGGGCGGUGGAUACCGGCGGCGGCGGCGACCUUCCAGCAAUUGCUUUUAUGGACUUUUUGAAACUGCUCCUCGUGGUGAGCUCACUGGCCGGUAUAUCGUUCCUAUUCUGCUGCACAUUUAUGCUCGUUUCGAAGUAGCAGCAGCACCGGCAGCACCGGCAACAGCAACAGAACCCAUCAAGCGUAAUCAAAACUUGUGUUCCAAUCAAACAUUUAUCAUUUCUAUCAUUUCUUCCCUUCCCCUUUGUGCGGUGGAAGAACACGGCACCACGACUGCAUGGCGUUUGCUGGCAAACGUGUGUGUGUGUAUUUCGGUGCAGAUUUUAUGCAUGUUUUAAUUUCCACCGCUCGAAUUGCCAUUACCCGGGGGAAGGGGGGGGUAGUGGGGGUUUGCAGCAUAAUUUUAGCAGCUGCUACGAGCAAUUCCUCCCACGAGCAUCACACAAACACACACGCUGAAGCACACCAGGUCGAGUCGGGAUGUCAUUUUCAUUAACUGAGUUGACAAGUUGCAUUGUUUCGAUUUGAUCGUAAUUAAAACAAAACCGGAGUUGCACACUCACA